ACCCCACGGCCCCCCCAGUGCCAGCCCAGCGCCCCACGGCCCUGCGCCCCCCAGCCCAGCGCCCAGCAUGGCCGAGCCCAGCACCGAAUGCAGCAUCAAGGUGCUGUGCCGAUUCCGGCCCCUGAACCAGGCGGAGAUCCUGCGAGGGGACAAAUUCAUCCCCCUCUUCCAAGGGGACGACAGCGUCAUCCUCGGGGGCAAGCCCUACGUCUUCGACCGCGUCUUCCCACCCAACACCACCCAGGAGCAGGUGUACCAUGCCUGCGCCAUGCAGAUCGUCAAGGAUGUGCUGGCCGGGUACAAUGGCACCAUCUUCGCCUACGGGCAGACGUCGUCUGGGAAGACCCACACCAUGGAGGGGAAGCUGCACGACCCCCAGCUGAUGGGCAUCAUCCCGCGCAUCGCCCGCGACAUCUUCAACCACAUCUACGCCAUGGAUGAGAACCUGGAGUUCCACAUCAAGGUUUCUUACUUUGAAAUUUACCUGGACAAAAUCCGGGACCUGCUGGAUGUGACCAAGACCAACCUGUCGGUGCAUGAGGACAAGAACCGGGUUCCCUACGUCAAGGGCUGCACCGAGCGCUUUGUCUCCAGCCCAGAGGAGAUCCUGGACGUGAUCGACGAGGGCAAAUCCAACCGCCACGUGGCUGUCACCAACAUGAACGAGCACAGCUCCCGGAGCCACAGCAUCUUCCUCAUCAACAUCAAGCAGGAGAACAUGGAGACGGAGCAGAAGCUCAGUGGAAAACUCUACCUGGUGGACCUGGCUGGCAGCGAGAAGGUCAGCAAGACGGGGGCCGAAGGGGCCGUGCUGGACGAGGCCAAGAACAUCAACAAGUCGCUGUCUGCCCUGGGCAACGUCAUCUCGGCCCUGGCUGAGGGGACGAAGAGCUACGUGCCCUAUCGGGACAGCAAGAUGACGCGGAUCCUGCAGGACUCGCUGGGCGGGAACUGCCGCACCACCAUGUUCAUCUGCUGCUCGCCCUGCAGCUACAACGACGCCGAGACCAAGUCCACCCUCAUGUUCGGCCAACGGGCCAAGACCAUCAAGAACACGGCGUCGGUGAACCUGGAGCUGACGGCCGAGCAGUGGAAGAAGAAGUAUGAGAAGGAGAAGGAGAAGAACAAGACGCUGAAGGAGACGAUCGGGAAGCUGGAGGCUGAGCUGAGCCGCUGGAGGAACGGGGAGAAUGUGCCGGAGACGGAGCAGCUGAGCGAGGAGGAGAAGCCAGCGCCCGACACCUGUGACGAGACGCCCGUCAACGACAACGCCUCGUCCAUCGUCAUCCGCAUCUCCGAGGAGGAACGGCACAAGUACGAGGAGGAGAUCCGCAAACUGUACAAGCAGCUGGACGACAAGGACGACGAGAUCAACCAGCAGAGCCAGCUGAUGGAGAAGCUCUCGCAGCAGAUGCUGGAGCAGGAGGAGCUGCUGGUGUCGACGCGUGGGGACAACGAGAAGGUGCAGCGGGAGCUGGGCCGGCUGCAGGCGGAGAACGACUCGGCCAAGGAGGAGGUGCGCGAGGUGCUGCAGGCGCUGGAGGAGCUGGCGCUCAACUACGACCAGAAGGCGCAGGAGGCGGAGGAGAAGGGGCAGCAGAACCAGCUGCUGGUGGACGAGCUCUCCCAGAAAGUGAGCACCCUGCUGGCCCUAGAGACGGAGCUGCAGCGGCUGCAGGAGUUCGGCGCCCGCCAGCGCAAGCGCGUGGCCGAGGUGCUCAACGGGCUCAUGAAGGACCUGAGCGAAUUCAGCGUCAUCGUGGGCAACGGGGAGAUCAAGCUGCCGGUGGAGAUCAGCGGGGCCAUCGAGGAGGAGUUCACGGUCGCCCGGCUCUACAUCAGCAAGAUCAAGGCGGAGGUGAAGGGGGUGGUGAAGCGCUGCCGCCAGCUGGAGGCGCUGCAGGUCGAGUGCCAGCGGAAGAUGGCCGUGACGGGCCGGGAGCUGGCCGCCUGCCAGCUGCUCAUCUCCCAGCACGAGGCCAAGAUCCGGUCGCUGAGCGAGUACAUGCACAGCGUGGAGCUGAAGAAGCGGCACCUGGAGGAGUCGUACGACUCGCUGAGCGAGGAGCUGGCCAAGCUGCAGGCCCAAGAGACCGUGCACGAGGCAGCCCGGAAGGACCAGGAGCAGGAUCUGAUCCAGGACGCUGACGAGGUCAAGAGGGCCCUGGAGCUGCAGCUGGAGGGGCACCGGGAAGCCCACCACAAGCAGCUGGCCCGGCUGCGUGACGAGAUCAACGAGAAGCAGAAGGUCAUCGACGAGCUGAAGGACCUGAACCAGAAGCUGCAGCUGGAGCUGGAGCAGCUCCGGGCCGACUACGAGAAACUCAAGAACGAGGAGCAGGAGAAAACCAUCAAACUGCAGGAGCUGACAUUUCUGUACGAGCGCCACGAGCAGUCGAAGCAGGAUCUCAAGGGGCUGGAAGAGACUGUCGCCCGGGAACUCCAGACCCUCCACAACCUGCGCAAGCUUUUUGUUCAAGACGUCACGACUCGAGUCAAGAAAAGCGCAGAGAUGGAACCCGAGGACAGUGGGGGGGCCCAUUCUCAGAAGCAGAAGAUUUCCUUUCUUGAGAACAACCUGGAGCAGCUUACAAAGGUUCACAAACAGCUGGUUCGUGACAAUGCAGAUCUGCGCUGUGAGCUUCCUAAGCUGGAGAAGCGGCUUCGGGCUACGGCUGAGAGAGUUAAGGCCCUGGAGGGUGCACUGAGGGAGGCCAAGGAGGGGGCCAUGAAGGACAAGCGACGCUACCAGCAGGAGGUCGACCGCAUCAAGGAGGCCGUGCGCUACAAGAACUCCUCCAAGCGGGCCCACUCGGCGCAGAUCGCCAAGCCGGUGCGGCCGGGGCACUACCCGGCCUCGCCCACCAACCCCUACGGCGCCCGCAACUCCGACUGCGUCAGCUACACCAACAGCCUCUUCCAGAACUACCAGGCGGCCUACGGGCAGGGCUCCGCCCCAGAUGCCUAUUUUGCCAACUCCUCGUCCAGCAGCGGCACAGGCUCCUCCAGCGGCCCCCUGGCCCCCUACCAGAAGCUGAGUGUGGAUAAUGGGAACGCCACAGACAUCAACGAUAACAGAAGUGAGCUGCCCUGCAGCUGCCAGGCUGAUGAACAAGCCAAGCUGUUCCCCCUUCACCAGGAGACAGCAGCCAGCUAAUAGCGCAGCUGUUUCUAACUGGGCUGGAGGCCUCUGCUCAGCAUGCUGCUCUCUGGCUUCCCGGGGCCUCUCUACUAACCCCCGUCUGUCCGUCCCUCCGUCCGUCCGCGCGUCUGCCUGUCCUGCUCUCUCGUCUCCUGUGUCGUUCCCCAGCUGCUGCACUUGCUGUCUCGCUCUCUCUCUGUCCUUGCAAGCUCCUUGGUGUCAUAGCUUGCCCGUCCGGCCCGGAUCCGGCCUGCCUGGGGCUGGCGCUCCGGCCGGGCUCGGCCAAGGAGCCAGCGCGGUGGCACCUCCGGCUCGGCCCGACCCACCUUGAUUUUAAAAUGCCUUAAGCAGACACCACGAGGAAUGUCCGGCAUCGAACCCAGCCCCCCCGGGACAAGCCCCUCUGCACCCCGCAGAGAGGGGGGUAUUAGCCAUUUCACCCCACAUCCCCUCAGCCGCCGUCCAGCCCUGGGCUCCCAGAGCCCGUGGCACCCCCGGGCGCUGCCCUUCCCCCUGAGGCAGAGGGGCGCCCUACGCGUAACCAGCAGCAGGGCCGCCUGGCCAGGCCCUGGGAACCUGCUCUCUCAUCUCAAGGGGUGAGCGGCCCCCUGGUUCCCAGCCUGCCGUCCCGCUGGGAUGGAAGGGGCCCCGCAGCGCAUCCAGGUCAGUGCCUCAGGCUCUUCCCUCUGUCCCCAUCCCCCCCAAGCUCGCCCAGCUGCCAGCACUGCCCCGGCCCAGCCUGGCAUCCGGACUUGGGGCUGCAGCGGCUGCCGAGUGGCCGGCCGGCCCUUGCACCCGUAGCCGUGCUGGGGAGACGGCUGCUCGCCCCAGGCUGAGUCCCGGCCUCGCCCAGCGUCAGACUAACCCCCGGCGAGCCCGGGUCCCCAGCACAACCGCAGGGCGGCCGGCUCAGCUCUCGUGCCCAGAGGGGGGUGGCUCCUGCGCAGGGCAGAGGUACCUGUGCUGGCGCUCGGGGCUGCACUCUGCAUCCUGCCCCCAGGAGGAGUCCUACCCCCAUGGUGCUGGGCCCCUUCCUGCUCCGGGAACCCGUCUCCUCCUUAGCCUCGCUGCCCAGGCUACUGAUCCCGGGGUGUGCGCGCCCCGAUCGUCUCCUCUGGGUGCCUUCCAGAUCAAGGUGGGCUCCCCUCAGAGCUCGCAGGUGGGGGGGCUUUGGGGGCAGAGGCGCUAUGCUAGAAAAUGGGGGGGACGCUGCCACGGCUGUGAAAUCUGCCUGGGGGCUUUGCCCCUCCUCCUCGAUGGCCAUUAUACAGCUUAGCCUACAGGGGCCGGGCGUUCUGCCCGGUGCUGUUCUGGACAAACCGAAGCUGCUAAACCCACCUCGGUGUCUUUUUUUCCUGGGCCGGCAGGCGGCCGCCUCUAGCUUGUGUGUGUGUGUCCCCUCCCCCCCCCUUCUCCCGUCGCCCCGGCCGCUACGCCCAGAGCAGAGCAGGCCGGGGGGACCCUCGGCCCAACGUCGGGGUCACUCUGCCCCACUCCUGCGAGGCGGGAACACGCAGGCCCCGCCCGCUCCCCCUCUGCUCACAUCACACCAAAAUGUUGCAUGUUGGAGUAAAAAGUGUUUAUUUAAGAAAAUCAAUAAAGAGAUGAGAAUG